UAUAAGAUAUUAAUAAAUCGUUUUAAAUGUGCGCAUCAUCUUCUAACAGCAAUAGGGUUUCAAAAUUCUGAUCUUUUUCGUCAGCGGCUCCUUGAGCAGUUCACUUAGGUUUGCUUCACCCAUUCUAGACGAAGUCACAGUGAUGGGAAAGAUGGACAAGAAUAGGAAAAAAUCUGGAGGGCAUAGUUCUCCAAGAGAGCAUACGGAUAUGCAGGACCAAGAGAUGGAUAUAAGGAAGAUUAUGAAAGAUGUUGAAAAUUUUAGUUACUCACAUAUGACAUGGAAAGAACGCAAGAAAAUUGAAGAUAGAAAUAUUGUUUCUCUUGGUGGAAAGGCCCCCAAGAAUCAGAGAUUACCUUUAAGUGUGGCACGGCCAAUGAUGAAGAAACAAAAAGAGAGGGAGCAUAAAAUGCUCCAAGAGCGUUUGAUUAUGGGACAAUUUGGGGGAAAGCUCGGAGGUAGCAGUAAGAAAUCAGCUGUGAAGCACAAGCCCGAAAACAAGGGUUUGAAGUUGAGUGAAGGUCAUUUUAGAAAUGGCAUACUCAACGUGAAGCAUUUGUUGAAUUCAGCCCCACCAAGAGAUCGUGAAACUGGAACCAAUAUGUCCAAUACAUGGAAAGGGAAAGGUGGUAAAAAGAAUCAUGGUAAAAAAGGUUUCGGCAAGAAACCCCGUUGAGUACAUCCUUUUUUAUUAAGGUUAUAAAUCUAACAUGUUACUGGUUUAAGCCUUUGCAUAGUACACUAGAAUUCAACAGAACAGAGUGCAACAUGACAAUGAUGUCCUGUGUAUUAUUGUAAUUCAAAACUGAACAAGAUCUUGUGUCUUGUUUUCCGUUUUUGUGCUUAUCUUCUAUAAAGUGGUAUGAAAUAUAAUAUCAAUAACAGAUCAUAGCUGCUUUUUCUUUA